AUGGCAGAAACGACACCUGAUGCCUCUGAGAAACUGGUCGUCAUCCACUCCAAAGCUCACAAAGAUACCAUUCUAGCUAAUUUUGAAGAACAAAGGAAAAAGGAUUUUCUUUGUGACAUUACUCUAAUAGUGGAAAAUGUGCAAUUCAGAGCCCAUAAAGCUUUGCUUGCUGCCAGCAGCGAAUACUUCUCAAUGAUGUUUGUAGAUGAGGGUGAAAUAGGGCAGUCAAUUUACGUGUUGGAGGGAAUGGUUGCAGACACCUUUGGAGCGCUGCUGGAGUUCAUCUACACUGGUUGCCUCCGUGCCAGUGAAAAAAGCACGGAACAAAUUCUGGCUACUGCACAGCUGCUGAAAGUGACUGACUUGGUGUGGGCCUGUACGGACUAUCAGGCCAGCCGUAGCCCAGGUGGUGCGGUGCCAGCUCCGGCUCACAGCGGAGCCUCUGUAGCCAUUGUCGCAAGCGACAAGAAAAAUGAAGAUCCACCAAAGCGAAAACGAGGGCGACCGAGGAAAGUCAGGAAUGUCCAAGAAGAAAAAUCAGGAGCAAAUUUUGCCGAAGAUGUGCAGCUGAGAGAGAACAACUCCAUGCAAAAUAAGCAAAAUUUUAUGAAAACAGACGUUGCAGCUGAAGAAAUGGUUGCCGGCGAACAGGCUGCAGUGAGGAAAGAUGCAGAAGAAAAUGAACCUGCUUGUGGGUCAGAAGCUGCUGUCGAUCUGUCAGCUGAGAAAGAUGAGAAUUAUGAUCCCAAAUCUGAAGGAGUGCAGAGCACUCAGAGCCGUUACAGCAAACGUAGAAUAAGGAGAUCAAUCAAACUAAAAGAUUAUAAACUUAUUGGUGAUGAGGAUGAGAAAGGACUGGCAAAGAGAACCGACGGAAAAAGAAAACGUGCAGGUUCUGAAGCUCGCUGUAAAGACUGUGGCAAAGUAUUUAAAUAUAAUCACUUCUUAGCUAUUCAUCAGCGAAGCCAUACAGGGGAGCGCCCUUUUAAAUGCAGUGAGUGUGGCAAAGGCUUUUCCCAGAAGCAUUCUCUUCAAGUCCACGAGCGGAUGCACACUGGAGAGCGGCCGUACAGGUGCACCAUCUGCAGUAAGGCUCUGACAACAAAGCAUUCCCUUCUGGAGCAUAUGAGCCUACAUACAGGGCAGAAGGCUUUUACGUGCGACCAGUGUGGGAAGUACUUCAGCCAAAAAAGACAGCUCAAGAGCCACUAUCGAGUACACACAGGCCAUUCACUGCCGGAAUGUAACCAGUGUCGUCACAAAUUCAUGGAUGCAGCUCAGUUAAAGAAACAUCUAAGAACGCAUACAGGUGAGAAGCCCUUCACUUGUGAAAUUUGUGGCAAAUCGUUUACAGCUAAAAGUUCUCUUCAGACUCACAUUAGAAUUCACAGAGGAGAAAAGCCAUAUUCUUGCGGUAUUUGUGGAAAAUCCUUUUCUGAUUCCAGUGCUAAGAGAAGACACUGUAUCUUACACACGGGCAAAAAGCCUUUCUCCUGCCAGGAAUGUAGUUUGCAGUUUGCUCGUCUGGACAACCUGAAGUCUCAUUUGAAAAUUCAUAGCAAGGAAAAGCAGCUUCAGGAAGCCAGCGCUGCCCCAAGCACCAACACUAAUUCAGAAGUGAGAAACAUUCUUCAGCUGCAGCAGUAUCGACUUGCCACCUCUGGAGGGCAGGAAAUUCAGCUGCUGGUUACAGAUGCGGUACAUAAUAUAAACUUCAUGCCUAGUCAUAAUCAGGGCAUUAGCAUUGUUACUGCAGAAAGUGCCCCAGAGAUGACACCAGGGCAGGCUGCUAACCUCACGCUGCUUGCUCAGCCGCCGCAGCACUUGCAAAACUUGUUGCUUUCAGCUCAGCAGGAGCAAGCGGAGCAAAUCCAAAGUAUCAAUAUGAUUGCAAACCAAAUACAGACUGCCCAGCCUGAACAAAUGCAUGUCAUCUCUCUUUCCAAGGAAGCGCUGGAACAUCUCCAUGCCCAUCAAGGACAAAAUGAAGAAAUCCACUUAGCAGGAUCUUCACAUCCAGCUCAGCCCAUGCAGCUGACUCAGGGAUCAAGUCAACAGUCUCGCUCUAGCCAAGAUGCGGUUCCUUCCCAUCAGAUCAGUGAAGAACAGAGUCAAAGUGUACAUGUUUCUGAAUCCUGUCAGCAGCCUCUGGCAGUAAAUGAGUCAUCUCACGAGCAUCCUAUUCAGGGACAGGCCUUCUGA